AUGCAGCCCAGCAAUGGUGGAGAUCUCAUGAACUUUCUUCUGCAUCCAUCUCAAUCUAAAGCUUGGCGAACGUCUGAUUUCCAGCAACUCAACAACAUGAAUGAACCUUGGAACAGUCGUUUACAUCGUCCUAAUGUCAGAAAUACUUUCGCACAUUCAGCAUGUCCUCGACGACAGGAAAAAUCAAAGGAUUAUGGGCGUCAUGAGUAAGUUUUUUCUUUUGCAUUGUUGUUUGGUUUUUAGGUAACAAAUCGAGGAUGUUGAGGUUGAACAAUGUCGCAAAAUAUGUAUAUUUUCUCAAAAUAUUAUUUACAUGUUAAUUUUUCAAGAAAAAUGGGUAAAAACUCUGUUACGAAGGUAUUACUCAUGACCUCAUGUUAUCAUGGAUAAUAUGUUUUUUAACCCAAUUAUUUUUAGACCAGCGCAACGCUUAUAUGCGACAGUUUAUCCAGGACAUCAACGAGUGCUAAUUUAUUCUAAAACUACGUCUCGACGGGCUGUUGGUCCACUUUCUCGGUCUUUUUUUCAUGUUAACCAUGGAAUGACGAAAACGUAUCAAUAUCCGUUGGAAAAGAUGGAGAGAUUUGACGUAAGUGCUUUUAAAAUUUUCUUUGAAAUUUUUUAGUUAGUAUUUAUCAGUUCUUUGUUGUUUUAGGCUUCUUUGCACGACGUAGGAAACGAAAACAUCAAGCCAAACUUCAAUUUAUCGGGAGAAAACCAGGAGAACAUGUGUGAAAGUGAAUAUUCUGUAAGUUUUUGCGCAUUUUUAGGUCGAAUAGUUUGCGUAAUAGUUGAAAUGGUGUCUCAGGAUUACAUUAUAGGUAAAAUUAAGCUUUUAGAUUGAAAAUGGAUGUUCGAAAUCGAGCAAACCGUUAUGUUAUAGUAGGCUUUUUUAACAACAUUUGAUUUUAUUUUAAAAUGUGAUAUUUUUAGCUGGUUUAAAAGGUCGUAAAGUUAAGGGGAGAUAGUAUAAGUGUUAACAAUUUUUAAUUUGAUUCAAUUUACCUUUUUUUAUUUCAGUGUGCACCUCCAAACAAGUUCUUGACAUCGGAUUCCAUUGCGAGACCAUUAUCAUCAAACCUGGCGGUUUCUGAACCAACAUCAGAAGACUUUUCAGAAUCGACAAAGGAGACUUCAUAUGAAGAAGAUGAGAAAAUGGCAUAUGAAGACGACAAAACAAGUUUGGACAAAGAUUUAAACGAAGGCCUUCGCGAAGGUAAUGAUCAUCAUGAAAUGGAGAUGGAAGUUAAUGAUGAAAAACGCUUUCAAACGAAAAUUUCUGAAGAAGAAUGUCAACCUCAAAUGUUUCCCAACCCACACGAUACUCAAGGGUUGGUAGACUUUUUGUUCAAUACUCAGUGUAAUAUCACCAGGUCAAGAACGAAGAAGUAUGAAGUUUGUUUGUCGACGAAGAAGACGGUCACGCAGAUGAGGUUGGAACAAAAAUGGAGACAUUUGAUUCUGGAAGAUAAUGGAAUGUUCGGAGGGCUCAGAUCAUGUCAACUGCCAAUCGGGGAAUGUAUGGUUUGUGAUGAAGUGUUGGUGGAUCAGAUCUACUACAAACGCCUUUUGAAUGUAAGUUUUUUGUGUAAAAUACGGUCGUCAUUCUGUUGUCUUUAAUAUGUAAGCCUCACAUUGGCGUUGAGGAUUGAAAAAAUAGCAAAAACUUUCUUUACAGCCUAAUUUUUCUCACGUGCACCCAAGCGGAUUCGAACCCGACUUUUUGCUUCAUAAUUAUUGUAUUUCUUACAGUUAUUUCUUAAAAAUUUAUGAAAACAUAGCUAAAACAAUGGUAGUUCUGAUGUAAUUUUUUUGAAAACCGCAAGAACUUUCUUUACAGCUUGAUUUUUGUUACUAUCACCCAAGCGGACUCGAACCCGGCCGACUUUUUGCUUUAUAACUCGUGUAGUUCUUACUGUAAUUUCUUGAAAAUUUAAUGAAAACAUAGGUAAUACAAUAGUAGCUAUGAUGUAAUUUUAAUUUUCUAAAAGCUUGCAAUAACUUUCUUUACAGCUUGGUUUUUUGUCACUGUCACCUCAGCGGAUUCGAACCCGACAGGCUUUUGCUUUAUAACUACUGUAUUUCUUACUGUGAUUUUUUGAAAAUUUACCAAGCCUUAGCUAAAACAAAGGUAGUACUGAUGUGGUUUCAAUUUGAAAAAAAACGCAAGAAUUUUCUUUACAGCUUGAUUUUUGUUACUAAAAUCUUAACGAAUGCGACCCCAGCCGACUUUUAGCUUUAUAACUACUGUAGUUCUUACUGUAAUUCUUUGAAAAUUUGUGAAAACAUAGAUAAAAUAAUGGUAGUUAUGACGUAAUUUUAAUUUUUUUAAAAAUUGCAAGAACUUUUUUUACAGCUUGAUUUUUGUCUUAAGCAUUCAAGCGGACUCGAACCCGGCCGAUCUUUUUGCUUUAUAACUACUGUAUUUCUUAUUGUAAUUUUGCGAAAGUUGAUCGUUAUGUAGUUAAAACAAUGACAAAGACUUGUUAUAAUUAAAAGUUUUUAAAUAGCCCCAAGAACUUUCUUUACAACACUUUUUUUGUCAAAUUCACCUUAAAAUUUACACAAAAGUAUAGGCAUUGAACAAAAAUUUUAAUUCCGAAUACCUUUUCCAAACCUGAUUUCUGCCAUUUUAGGAACAAAAUGCCGAAAAAUAGAGUUUUACAUUCCCUCAAAAACUGAUUUCAGAACUACUACGUGGAGAAGAUUUGCUUCGACUUUGCCAAGUACCAAACGUGCCGUUGGGGAGACUAUUGUAAAUACUCGCACGAUUUGUCACACUGGAUGUAA